UUGAGCGUCCACGCCCACGUUUACUCAAGAUUCACUGGUGAGUCCUGGUUGGAAUACAGCGACGAUCCUGGAUUAUGGGACUUUCCGAACAAUAACUACCGCGGCGGGGAAGGGAAACACGGCGAAGACAAGACCGAUGUGUGUAGGUGGAACUAAAAUUAGACUGGGUUGACACGGGUAUAAAUUGUGCUUUUAUGAAUGGAGAGGGGUACGAACGGCACGAGACGCCACUGUUUCUAUUCCUCUGAACCUGACGCGUUCUGCUUUUGCCGUAACUUAAUUUGGGAACAUGGUGCGAAGUUGCGGAGAAAGCGAAGUGAUCCGGUGCGAAGAGCCGGCGAUCAACCCAGCUGUUUUGAUACUCCUGGACCACUGCAGGGCGACGAGACGACAGGAAUUCUUAUCGCGUCUCGCCAUGGCUUUCCUGCUGAUGUCAAGUUUAGCGUUUUUCUUCUUUUUUCGGUUACCUGAUCAGCCCACGGAUAGGCCUACAACUCAAGAACAUGGUUUGGCACAGGCUCUCCUACGAGGUGGGAAACCACAUGCUCACCUGACAGCCCCUAUGUCCCAGUGCGUUCGCACAUCCAAAACGCAAACCCUGGCAUGGGAAACUAAAAUGGGGCUGGCACACACCCAAGGCUUCCUCUACGACCAGGAGAAGAGGGCCCUUGUCGUCCAGUCAGCAGGGUCCUACAAUAUCUACCUGCAGAUCACCUUCAGGAAGCCUGAGAAAUACGAAUGUAAAGGCUAUGUCCACCUGAAUGCCAUAGUCCUGGCCAAUGAAAACGAGCCAAUGAUCAUGAGUGUCUAUGAUUCCCUGCCCUGCAGUGAAAACACCCACAAGUCCCUCUUUGCCUCUGGAGUCUACCAGCUGGAGAACAACACUCAGCUUAUGGUGAAUGUCAGUGAAAUUGACCUGGUCGACGGGUGCAAUGAAGUGAAAACAUACUUUGGGGCUUUUUUGUUGGAAUAAAACACAUAAUAAAUUCCAAAAAUGGGCAUGCUAUGGUAUUUUGUGUACGGAAUCAACAGGAAUGCUAUCUUCAUGUGUAUUAUUCUGGUUGUUUUGUAUUAUUAUUUUUAUUAUUGUUAUUUUGACUAUUAUUAUUUUGACUAUUAUUGUUAUUAUUAUUAUUAUUAUUAUUAUUAUUAUUAUUAUUUUUAUUAUUAUUGUUGUUGUUGUUGUUGUUGUUGUUGUGUUUUUAAAGUAUGACUGCAUAUUUAAGAAUUUACAGUAUUUCUCUAGGGGAAAUGUAUACAGUAGAACCUGAGACUGGUUAAUUGGAGAGUCUAAAUUGUCCUUGGCAGAUUAAUGUUUGUGUGAACCCUUCGAUGGAUAGUGUGGUUUAAUCAGUGAUUAAAUUUAACAAAGUAUUAUAGCAGCAAAGAGUCUCGCCCAUUUAAAAUGAAGACCACAUUCAUUUAAAGAAGUGAUUCCCAAUGAAUAUAAAGAUUUGAAUCGUUAAAAUUGGUGUAUCUUGAUUCCAAGUGACAAGACAUGGAGGUUCUGCUAAUCCUGCAUGUAGUAGGCAUUAAAUAGUGAGAUUUCUGCUCCUUGGUGCUGAUCUGAUCCUCAAAUGGAAAUCCCCCCCCCCCCCCCAGUUUAAAUAAGGCUACAGAUUUCUUCAAAUGGGCAGUUGGAUGUGAAUCACAUCAACUUGUCUGACCAUUCAUGUGUUUUUUUCACAUGCCUUUCUGUCACUCCCUACAUGACAGUGUUAAAAUAAUUAUUUAAUGGCUAAAAUAAGAAGCCAAUUAUUUAUACAUCAUUAAGACCUGCUGUAUAAAAUGUCUCCAGAUGAGACCAUCCAUUUUGGUCUCAUCUGCUCUUUUUCAAUCUAUCUUCACUCGGGGGUUCAAACAUCUUGCAGAAGAAUUAAAUUUAUAUAAUGCUUCAGUGACAGGUGUUUGUAUUUUAUUUCCUUUUCCUUUUAAAAUAGGAAUAGGAGUGAGAACAUACAGAAAAUUUACUUCUUUAACCUGGAUGUUAAAGAAGUACUGUGUGUGUGUGUGUUUUACAUUAAAAUUGCACUUACUAUUAAUAUCUAUUACCGUGUAACGGUCGUAAUUAAAAUAAUAAAUCAACAUUAAUAAUAAAACCUUUCAAAUUUCA